AUGGGAAUCGUGCGCGACGAGACCGUUGCGACUAAGGAACGGCUCCUGAAGCACCUGGAGCUGGAUUCCUUCGCCUAUCUGCGCAUGGUCGCGGUCCUAGGUAUUCUAUCGCAUACUUCGGUCACUCUACGCGAGGACCGCGUUCUUAUGUUACACGAAUCGCAAAUGCUCGAGCUGCUGGCAAAGGUCACUCAGGGAGGGCGCAUAGAUGUGGAGAAGGGUAGGGUCACCAUAGACCCAGGGCGCAUUGUCGGCGGGGCUUUUAAGUUCCAGUGUUCGAGCCAGGUUCCUUUAUCGUAUUACCUGGAACCACUCGUCUACCUAUCGGUGUUUUCAUCCGAGCCCUUUCGGAUCACGCUCACCCGUCAAGGCGAAGAUGUCAAUGGGGAAAUGGUUAACAGCUUCAGCCUGCUGGAGAGUUUUUGCUCCAGCGCCACAGUUGUGCUGCGCAAAAUAGGUUGCAGCUCUGUGGAAUUCAAGUAUAAGGAGCCCUACGAGGUUGUGUUUACCAACGCGCCGCUGGUGAAGAUCGCGCCAGUGGAAAUGUCCACCUGGAGCUGUGUGAAGAAGGUGCGUGGCAGCGUGGUGGUACGCUGCUUGCAACCAAGCCUCGGCACCAACGUCAUCACUGGUUGCAAGCGGGUGUUGAGUGAGGUGUGCGAUAACAUCUAUAUUGAUCUGGUAUCUCCCAAGGGCGCCGGGAACCCGUAUGUAUCGGUGGCGUUGAUUGCGGAGGGGCCAAGGGUGGUGUACACGUCAGACACCACGGUGCCGCUAAAGGAUGCUGAUACCGAGGUGAAGGUGGCGUCCAUUAGCGCCAAUACCAGCCUUUCCAAGAUCCUGGAAAUAGCCAAUCGCAAAACCGCAAAGGACAGUGUUAAGCAGGAAGCCAAUGCCGAGCACGCCGCCAGUAUCCAUGAGCGGCACGAGGCCAUAGGCGAGGGAGUUGCCCGGCGCCUGCUUUCGGAGAUAAGCUUGAAGGGCAUCUUGGAUACCACCCACCAGCAUCUGCCGCUAAUUUUCAUGGCGAUGUCCGGUGACUACCAGGUGUCGACGUUCCGCAUGGGCCGUAUGAACCGCUAUUCGAUCGAGUUUUUGCGGAAAAUAAAGCAAUUUCUCGGCGUGACCUUCAAGUUCGUACAGGAAGAGGAGUCUGUACUGCUAAAAUGCGUGGGCAACAGCUUCCAAAAUAGCGGUAUCACAACAUUUUAA